GGGAGCGGUGACCUUUGGCGCUGCGGACGCGGCAGGACAGGACAGGGCCGGACACAGAGUGUGCAUCUUGUCCUCCUCCCCUUGGCCUCUACAUCUACCAACCUUCUACCUCCUCCAAUCCAUCAACUUCCUCCCAACCCUCUACCUUCUCCCAUCUAUCUGCUUCUUCCUCCUUGCCUCUUCCUCCACUCCUGCCAUCCCUCUCACUCUUAAAUGCUAAUGGAGCGCCCAGGAGUGGCGUAGUUUGUAGCAGGCCGGCCGAGUUAGUUCAUGAUGCCCACGGGGUUAUUGCAGCUACAUGUCCCAGUGGCAGAUUUGGGUGCAUUCACAACCUCUCUCACUUUCACGGGGACAUCCCGAAACAUUUGUAGCUGUUCACCACUCGAUUCGACCGAUUUCCUUUGUAUAAUUUAGAUAGCCAGGAGGCAAAUGAAUCAAUGCACUGCUCACCGAUGCUGUGUCUUUUGACCAUUAACUACGUGCCCAAUGAAUUCCGUCUCGCCUUCUGCCGUUCAGUACAUCCAGAGCCAGGAAGAUUUGACUCCCUCGGAUUCUAAGAGGCGACUGCACCCAGCAGCCAGUGAGCAAGAGAACAACUGGAAUGGCCAAUAUAAUUUGCCAGAGAAACCCCAACCCAACGAACCAGAUGAAGUGGACAAGAUUAAAGCUAAGUUUAUGACGGCAUGGAACAAUGUCAAAUAUGGCUGGGUGGUGAAAGGAAGAACAAAUUUCAGCAAAACUUCCCCAAUUUUUCUGCUGGGACGGUGCUACCAGUUUGAGUCAGAAGCUGAUUCGCCACCAAGUCCAGAAUCUGUUCACGAGGCAAGAGACAACCAAAAUGCUCCGUCUCCCGUAGUCGAGCUGUUCAGGAAAGACUUUGGCUCUCGAAUCUGGUUGACGUACCGUCGUGAAUUUCCGCCGCUGGAGGGUUCAAUUUGGACGACGGAUUGUGGCUGGGGAUGCAUGUUACGCAGCGGACAGAUGCUGCUCGCCCAAGGACUGCUUGUCCAUCUGCUCUCUCGAAACUGGACCUGGCCCGAUGUGUUACUCUCUGUAGAGUCAGAGGCCGAAACCAGAUCGCCAUCCAGGUCGAACAUCACAAACUGGUCAGCUUUCUCCGAAGUCCUCGGCUCGCAAUUGGACAGAAGUAGAAGCCUCCAUGCCCAAGGCUCCGCUGUCCCACAAGCGCGUGCACGGACAUUGAGACGGGCCAAUGCUGACCCCAGAAUGGACAAAGAGGAAAUGGAGCAUCGAAAAAUCAUUUCCUGGUUUGGUGACUACCCCAAGGCCCCAUUUGGAGUACAUCAGCUUGUAGAAUACGGAAAGAGUUCUGGGAAGAAGGCCGGAGACUGGUAUGGCCCAUCCAUUGUAGCGCAUAUAAUCAAAAAAGCAGUGGAGCAAGCUGACGACUCUGAAUCGCUGGGCAUUGCUGUCUAUGUAGCACAGGAUUGCACAGUGUACAAAGGUGAUGUGGUGAAUCUCUGUGAGAUACAACUGAAGGGUAGAAAAGUUCCUGGUUUGGAUUGGAAGUCUGUAAUUAUCCUGGUGCCUGUUCGACUUGGAGGUGAAAGUCUCAACCCAGUGUACAUGCAAUGUGUAAAGGAAAUCCUGAAGCUUGAAUGUUGCCUUGGAAUCAUUGGUGGGAAACCAAAGCACUCGCUUUACUUCAUUGGAUUUCAAGAUGAUUUCCUGCUGUAUUUGGACCCUCACUACUGCCAGCCGGUUGUGGAUGUAACUAAAUACAACUUCCUGCUGGAGUCAUUUCACUGCAUCUCUCCAAGAAAGCUGUCCUUCAGUAAGAUGGAUCCCAGCUGUACCAUCGGAUUCUAUGCCAAGACGAGGGAGGAUUUUGAAAAUUUGUGUGAAAAUGUUUCAAAGGUGUUUGGUUCCUCGUCUUUGAGAGAGAAGUACCCUAUUUUCACCUUUGCAGAGGGCUGUGCUCAGGAUUACGGUCUGGAUGAACUCUGCACUCGCAAACCGGAUACUACUGUGCAAAUCUCCAAGUCUGAAAGACCAGGGAAGUCAAAGCAGAACAGCACUGACGAGUUUGUUUUCCUCUAACGAACAAUGGACUUGCAACUAAAUAUCUGUGCCUGCUGCCUUUCAGCAGGGAACAAACUUGGGAACCUCUCUGAAUGUUCUGAUAUUUAUAUUCUGUUGUCUUUCCAUAAUGACUUGGAGUCACGGCAAUCAUCAACCUUUCUGGGUAACUUUUACUCCGACACUCGUAUAACUCUUCCUAAGAA